AUGGGAAGGGAUUGGUAUUGGGGAAGUGGAGCUGCUAAAACAUCCAUAGCCACUAGCAGCUCCAAGAGAGCAGCAGCAUCGGCUGAUACCACGACUUCCACUGGUUGCAUGAGUGCCGUCUUUCAGUUCUUCGAUUUUCAUCAUUUCCAGUUCCCUUUAAACCAUUCUCAAAAUAGCAGCAGCAGCAGCAGUUGUGGUUGUUUCAAGCAGCCUAACUCUUUUUUCUCUCCUCACAGUACCAUCGUCCCUACUACUCUCAGAGGUACAGAGGCCCCAAGGAACAGUUUGGAAUCAGAGGAGGAAAGCUCAACUUCAGUUUCAGUUUCAUUGACAUCAACCAGUAAAGAAGAAAAUUUAAACAUUCCUAUGGGAAUUCAAAUCAAAACAAGGGGAGACAAUAGGUUAAAAGUUGGAGCUUCAAAUAACGAUACAUCUUCAGAGAUCAGCAGCUCUCCAGGGACCAAGACACCCACUUUGGUCGCUAGGCUUAUGGGACUUGACAUUCUUCCGGAAAGUCGUUCACCAUCUUUUUCAUCAAACUCACAUUUGAAGCCAAUCAGUAGCCAUAGAAGGUCAUUGGAUGGUGAUAUUCGGGGCACUCGUUCGUUGCCGGAAACUCCGAGGAUAUCGUCGUCUUCGAGGAGGUCGGACGUGGAUCUUCAUCACCGGCUUUCUCUUCAAAUCAAUAAGGAGAACAUGAAUGCAACCGAAGAGUUAAUGAUGUCUCGUUUGAAAGCACUGAAAGGGAAAGGGCAGAAGCAUGAAGACGAAAACAGGAGUCCGGGUCACCACGCGAGGCAGAUUGUGAAUCUGGUUAAAGAAAGUGUGAGCAGGAAAGUUGGAAUGGACAUUACCAACACUGUUCGGAUCAGAGAAGAGCUUGUUAGCCAAUUCAAGAACAAGAAGAUUUCCAGGGCUAUGAGCAAAUUAGCUGAAGAUUCAAUCCCUUGGAAGCACUCAACAACACCACCUUCGUGUUCACCCAGGCUUCGGUUCUCGGAAACCAAAACCAAAGAUCACAAUCCUCAACCUCCAAACCCAUCAUCAUCAGAGAUCAAUAUCCAGAAGUUGCAGCCGGUUGCAGAGGAACAAUAUGAGCAGCAAAACCAGCAGCCACCAAGAGCCACCACAAGCAAAUGCAAGAAAGCGAAAAAGACUCGGCAAACAUCGGACAUUAUCCGAAACAAGCAAGAAGAGCCUUUCGUUCGUCCUUCAAUAGCCAACAGAAUCCACAUUCCCGACAAGAGUUGCAAGAAAACCCCAUUGUCAAAUGAUCUACUCAACAUCACCGUCCCUACCUUUUUUCCGGUCAAAAAAGACCCUUCUCCUCCGGCCACAAAGAUCCCUCAAAAACAGGUCUCAGAUACUGGAAGACCGAAACGUAGCUCACAGUUAUCUAGUUGUUCGAGCCAGACGUACAACAAACAAGAAGCGACGUACGUACACGUUCCCCGACACGACCACGUCGGCUACAGAUGUAACGGUGAUACUACCACUACUACAAGCACAACCAGUGAAGCAGCAGCAGAAUAUCAUGAGUACAUAGCUAGAAUACUAAGACGUACAGGGCUAGAAAAAGAUACCCCACUGUCCUUGGCUUCUUGGUUCUCUCCUUCCCAUCCUCUUAACCCUUCCAUUUUUUACUACCUCGAACAUUUCACCUCUUGUAAUAAAAAAAACAGUACCAGUCAACUGAGCCUCCGAUGCAAUCGAAAAUUACUCUUCCAUCUCACGGAUGAGAUAUUGACUGAAUUUUUGAAGCCGUUUUACAAUAUGAAGCCAUGGGUUAUAAGUGGACUUGGACGUGAAUGUUUUAGUAAUAUGAACGGUUCUCAACUGACAGACACAUUGUGUUCAAAAAUUAAAGGGUUUCCUCGAGCUGAUUGCCGUGUCCUUGAAGAUAUCGAGGCCUUGAUCAACAUGGACUUGCCGGAAGUGAAGCUCCGAAGUUCGGUGGCGUACGAGGAAGAAGGGGAAGGGACUGUGUCGGAGAUCGAAAAGGGCAUACUAGAGGCGCUGAUACAUGAAAUGGCAACGGAUUUGAGACACUGUGGAAUCGAAACGUGGAGAGGGCUGGCCUUUUAGAAUCACAUGUGUCAUUCACGUGAUGAGAUGCUAUUCGUUGGGGUCUUUGUGGGACUAUACACGUGGGUAAA